AUGGUCAAGGCUAUCGCUGUUCUUAAGGGUGACUCCAACGUCUCGGGUGUCAUCACCUUCACCCAGGAGACCGAGGGCGGCCCCGUCAACGUUACCGGCAAGUGGAUGACCGGUGACAUACCCAUCGGACCGGCUAGCGUCCAGCGUCUGUCUGAUGACUCGAGCCUGUCACGACCCCUCCGCCCCCACCAUUUGCUUCCGUUCCCACCUUCGGACACCACUGACCUUCAGAUCAACGGUCUUGACGCCAACGCUGAGCGCGUUCGUAUCAUCUUCUUCAACAACAAAGCGCAAGCGCUCACACGCAGGUUUGGUGACAACAGCAACGGCUGUACUUCGGCUGGCUCGCAUUUCAACCCCCACGGUAAGAACCACGGAGGUCCCACCGACGCCGAGCGUCACGUCGGUGACCUCGGCAACGUCAAGACCGACGGCUCUGGCAACGUCGACGUCAACAUCACCGACAAGCAGAUCUCGCUCAUCGGCCCCUACUCGAUUGUCGGCCGCUCCGUCGUUGUCCACGCCGGCACCGACGACCUCGGCAAGGGCGGUCACCAGGACUCGCUCACCACCGGCAACGCCGGCGGCCGUGCCGCCUGCGGUGUCAUCGGUAUCGCCGCCUAA